AUGAAAAAUAUUAACAUACAAACUUCAUUCAUAUCAAAUAUUACAAAUAGUCAAAAUUUUACAAUACCUACAAAACUAUUAAUAAAUGAAACUAAUAAAUAUAAUUUAUCUUUUACAAAUUCAACGUUAGUUUAUUCGAAUAGAACAUUAGAAACAAAAGUUCAAUGUAUAGGUUCAUUAUAUAAUCAAUCUUGUUUGUUUCAAAAUCUAUACUAUGUUGAUAAUACAUUUACAAUUCUAAUAGUAAAAGAAAGUUAUUUACCUGAAUAUUCUAUACGAACAGAUGCUUUUAAUCUAUGGCCUACAAAACCAAAUAAACGUGAAUUUGAUUCAUAUACUCAUCUUCAGAUAUUUGUUCGAAAUAUUACUAAUCCAAGAAGAAUUCCGUAUGUUACUCUAUACUUUGGUCAAUUAUGGCUUCAUAAUAUUGGUCAUGCACUUUUCGAUGGACUUUAUCCAGCUUAUGUUGCAUUAAUUCGAUUUUCACCUAGACAUCUUCAUCCAUUUCGUAUUCUUGCCGAUAUUGG